UAGCUGUUCAGUUUACUCAUGAUCAUGAUGCAUUUGGAAGAAGAAGAAGAUCCAUUUGUGCUUGAUGAAGCGGAUGAUAUCAUCUGUGAAGAAAUACCUUCACGAUCCCCGGAAAUCAUGUCAGUAGGAUCUCACUCAUUCUCUCCAGGAGGCCCUAAUGGGAUCAUUAGAAGCCAGUCCUUUGCUGGUUUCAGUGGUCUUCAAGAAAGACGAUCCAGAUGUAAUUCCUUUAUUGAGAAUUCUCCUGCACUCAAAAAACCCCAAGCCAAAGUGAAGAAAGCACACCAUUUGGGGCACAAAAGUAACAGCUCAACUAAGGAGCCGCAGCCUGAAAGAAUGGAGGAAGUUUACAAGGCCUUGAAGAAUGGAUUGGAUGAAUAUUUAGAAGUUCAUCAAACAAAACUGGAUAAAUUAAGUAGUCAAUUGAAGGACAUGAAAAGAAAUUCGCGGCUGGGGGUGCUGUAUGAACUUGACAAGCAAAUGAAAGCAAUUGAAAGAUAUAUGAGAAAGCUUGAGUUUCAUAUCAGUAAGGUAGAUGAACUCUUUGAAGCCUACUGUAUCCAAAGGCGGCUUCGUGAUGGUGCCAGCAAAAUGAAGCAAGCCUAUGGAUUGUCCCCUGCUAGCAAGGCAGCUCGAGAGAGUUUAUCAGAAAUCAAUAAAACCUAUAAAGAAUAUACCGAGAACAUGUGUGCCAUUGAAGGAGAGCUGGAAAAUUUAAUGGGAGAGUUCUGCAUCAAGAUGAAAGGUCUGGCUGGCUUUGCUCGACUUUGCCCUGGAGACCAGUAUGAGAUUUUCAUGAGGCAUGGCCGUCAAAGAUGGAAACUAAAAGGCAAAAUAGAAGUCAAUGAUAAGCAAAGUUGGGAUGGAGAAGAAAUGAUCUUCCUUCCCCUUAUUGUUGGGUUAAUCUCCAUUAAGGUCACAGAAUUAAAAGGUCUUGCCACUCAUAUUUUGGUUGGAAGUGUUACUUGUGAAACGAAAGACUUGUUUGCUGCUCAGCCUCAGGUUGUCGCUGUGGAUAUCAAUGACCUUGGGACAAUAAAGCUGAAUCUGGAAAUCACUUGGCAUCCAUUUGAUGUGGAGGACAUUACCCCGUCAACAGGCAACACAAGCAAAGCAUCAGCUAUUCAAAGAAGGAUGUCCAUUUAUAGUCAAGGCACCCCAGAAACACCAACUUUCAAGGAUCAGUCAUUCUUUUCAAAUUUAUCGGAUGAUGUUUUUGGAAAUGGAGCAGCAGAAAACGAGAAAAGUUCAUUAUCUUUCAGUUUCAUUGACAUUACCAGUGAACAUUGUACUACAUCAUACAGUUCAACGGACUCGUCCUCUACAAUAGAUAAUUCCAAUCCUGAAAUUAUUGCCACAAUCCCAGAGCCCAGUGGGAAAAGGUUAUCCAAACCUGACACUGUACACAAUAUUCAUUCAAGGUGUGAGGACUCCACAUAUGAAUCCAACAACGGAACAUCACAAGAGCAUGGUGAAAAUAUGACAACAAAUCUAGAGUCUGAACUUUGCCAAAGUUCUCCUCAUUUGAGAGGCAACAGUGUGAUUUUAGCAAGCCGUGCCUCAGAGUCACUUCUUCCGGAUACAGAGGAGUUAUCAGACGUCAAACCUGUAGAGCUGGAUACCUUUGAAGGCAAUAUCACAAAGCAGCUGGUUAAAAGACUGACAUCUGGAGAGGGGCCAAUGACACCUGAAAAAUGUCAUUGUGAGGGGUCAAUUAGUGGAGAAUCUGAAGGCUAUAAAUCAUGUGUUGAUGGAAGUCUAGAAGAAGCAUUUCAGGGGCUUCUAUUAGCUCUUGAACCUCAUAAAGAACAGUUUAAAGAAUUCCAGGAAUUGGACCAAGGAAUUACACAUCUAGAUGAGAUCCUAAAAGGCAGACCAGUAGUAAGUCACAGCAGGUCGUCCAGCUUAAGCCUAACAGUUGAGAGCGCACUGGAAAGUUUUGAUUUCCUCAACACUUCUGACUUUGAGGAUGAAAGUGGUACCGAUGAAUUUUGCCGUGGUGCUCGUGGCGCAGACUCUGUGUUCUCAGACACUGAAAUCGAGAAAAACAGCAAAUUGUAUUCUCUAGCAGAACUCCCUUUGUCACAAGGUCUCUUCUGGAUAAACUAUCCCAACAAAUUUUAGUGAUUGAGAACCUUGCAGAGAUCAGCAGUGAGAUCCUGGGAAGCUUCAGACCUAUAAGUGAAGCAAUUCCAGAAUUUCAGAAAAAGAUAUCCCUCCUUUCUUUCUGGAAUAAGUGUACCAAUUCUUCUGGGUUGUAUCACACCUCUGCAGACAAAAUGAUCAAACAAUUGGAUAUCACUUUUUCUACAGUGAUGAAUGGCGAAUAUCCAGGACUUUCAGAAACAGUGUUCAGAACUUUGAUUUCUCAUAUCUUGGAUCGUGCAGAACCUCUUCUCUCCUCCAGUCUGCCCUUGGAAGUUAUAACAGUUUUUCAGUAUUACAACUAUUUUGCUAAUAAAAAUGUUAGUGAUCUGGCAAACUAUUUGCUUCAGCUUGCAAAAGAAGCUUUAAUGGUACAAACUCUACAGUCUUUAAGAGAUGAAAAGUUCUUGCAGAAUAAGGCCAAUUUAACCUCCAUCAGUAUCUCACCUCAACAAGAAGUGCUGAAAUCUUUGGCUGUCCUUCUGACUGAAAACAAAAGGGAAACCUGUGAAGCUGUGGUAACAAUAUUGUCAGCUGCUGCAGCAGGAAACAGACACUUCCGAGAAAAGGCAACUGAAAGUAUUAAAAUGCUGGCCACUCUUUGCCAGUCUGACAAUGAAGAAGUUAGGAAUACAGCUUCUGAAACCUUGCUCUCUCUUGGAGAAGAUGGACGGCUGGCAUACGAACAGCUAGACAAAUUCCCCCGUGAAUUUGUUAAAGUUGGGGGUCGACGCACAACUGAAGUGGCUACAGCUUUUUAAAUGUUCAAUUUCUAUUUUAAGAUAUGCCAAUUUCAUGUGAACCAAGAUGGUCCUGUAAAUAAACUGAAACUUCAAAACC